UAUAAACCGAGGUUUAAGGGUGACUUCUACAUAACUACCUAACUCCACUGAAAGAUGCUACGUGUCGUGUGAUCUAUACAAGACAUAUUUCCAUCUAGAUUGUCAGCAUCAAGUGAUAGACUACACAAUGAACAUAAAUAUUCAGAAUUUUCCUUACAAAUUCCCUGAAAAUAAAUCGUUAAAACUCAUAUCUUGAUUAUUCGGGUAGAAUAAUAAUAUUGUAGGUUUGAAAACAGUUUCAGAUUCUGCAAAGUUGGUAGAGAGUUGCAUUAAAAAGAGAUAAAGUGAGAUUCCGAUCAGUUUUUGAAAAAAAGAAACCACAGCUAUGCAAAAAGAGAGAGCCCUGAUCCCAUACUUGCCUGGCCAAAAGAAAUUCAUAUAGCUCGAUGAUUCUCGGAAUGUUGGCGUUGUUUAAGACAUGCCAUCAUUGCAUUUGCUGCUCCUCAUGUUGCUUUUGCUUUUGCUGAUUUAUUUAAAGCAAGUGGACAAAAACAUUUAUGAAUUACUCAGACAUAAACACACACUAAUCAUAUGUAGGAUUGUCUGCUACAAAUUAGUGCGAUUCAGUCAUCCCAAUGGCGAUUUCACCUGAACCCAUGUCCCGAAACCCGAUUGAUUUCCGUGCCCCGCCACCUUCUCCUAUAGCCUCUGGCCGCCGAUCGACUGUCACCAAUGACGACAUUUUCACCGAAUUCCUCCACCACUCGCUACGUGUCCCCGACCUCGCCUUACCCGAUAAGGCUUUUCCCCGCCAGCACUUCAUCGAAAGCCCCCCGGUAAUUGAUUUCCUAUCCUUGGAUUCCAAGGAAAGCGAUUCAAUACAGAAGAUUUUGGUUUCUUUGUCCGGUAUUGGAUGCUUUCAGCUAGUGAAUCAUGGGAUCCCUCCGGAAACUUUUGGUGCGGCAUCGGCGGCUGCCGCCGGACUUUUCCAUCAUGUCCCACUGGAAAAGAAGGCAGUGGUGACGAGGUCAUUGGAAAGGUUGUAUGGUUUUGAGGAAGGUCAUGGAGAGGAGGGUGAGAGUGAUGAAUUGAGUGAAGAGUUUGUGUGGUCAUGUAGAGAUGAAGAUUUGAAGUUGCGAAUGGAGGGAAUUUGGCCUGUUGGAUAUUCAAAUUUCAGCGAGAAAAUGGAAACCCUGCUGUUGGAGAUAGAAAAGGUUGCUGAGAAAAUUCUACAAGUCCUCUGGGAAAAUUUUCUCAGAAAAUCAGUUUUUGGAAAUGAUAUGAUUCUACAGCAACAACUUGGGUCAGGGUCAGACUCAGUAUGUUGUGUCUACAAGCACCGCAGAAACGUACCAGCUGGUCGGUGGUAUGAUGUGAUUAGGAUGAUGAUGAGGGGUACUGAUUUCUCUCAUACCCUGUGUUUACAUAUAUGUGAUGGAUCUUCAGAGUUUCAAGUGUACUCCAAGAAAGGUUGGAUUUCUUUAAGCCCAGAGAAAGGUGCUCUGAUAAUCACUGUCGGAGACCAAAUCCAGGCAUUGAGUGGUGGGCAUUACAAGCAUGUGAUAGGAAGGCCAAUCUUUAAGGAUGAGAAAGAGGACUGUAUAUCAAUGGCUUUCCUCUGUUCCCCUCCAAGCUCCACCACAGCCAGUUACUCCAAAACCAGCAGGGGGAAUAGGGCCAUUUCACUGAGUCAACAAGCCUUGGUGGCUUUAAUUUUGACUUUUUUAUACCAUUUUUUUGUUUACAUUUACAAGAAGUUUUGAUGUUGCCAUCACUGCAUCAAUCUCUUUGCAAUUAUACAUCAAUUUUCAUUUUUUUCAUUGAAUGACACCUCAUAAUAUAUAUGUUUUAUACCUU